AUGGCCCCCUGCGCAGGGCGCGUAGCCUUGGAGGACCAUGCUUUGAGGACCACCAGCUGGAGCCGGGGUGACUGGAGGCAGAGACACGAGCCGGAUUGGGAGCCGGACUGCCUGGAGGACAGACCCCAGACUCAGCACGUGCACCCCGGGCCCCCCCUGCGGGGUGGUGAGCUUGGCGGUCACGCUCACAGGGACCUGGGUCGCCAUUUCCCUGGGCUUCAUCUGGGGGCGGCCCCCCUCCUGUUGGCCCUGAAGGUGAACCCCAAGGUACUUGGAGAGCUGGCAGCCAACGACCCCCCGUCAGGGGCCUCACCCCCAUGCCAGCUGAGCGCCGUCUGUCCUGAGGACCUGGGGCUUCUCCUGGCGGGGGCGCUGUCCAGCCCCGAGCCCUCGAGUCUGGAGGAGGUGGCUGAGAGGUGCGAGUCCAGCGGCCUAACAUCCACCGCCUCCGUCCCGGAGCAGCUCGCACCUGAGCACCCGCAGCAGCUGGAGCAGUGGGUGGUGGACCUGCAGGCCGAGGUGGCGUCCUUGUGGGGACACAAGGCCCACUGUGAGCGAGCGACGCUGCGCCUGCUGCAGGAGCUGUUGCAGGUGCGAGCUCGCCUGCAGCUGCAGGAUGCAGAGUUGGAGAGGCUGCGGCAUGAGGUGCGGCAGGCGGCUCAGGCCCCCGAGAAGGAAGCCCUCCAGUUCCCCAGCCUGCAGCACCAGAACCAGAUGCAGGCCCUGGACAGGAGGCUGGUGGAGGUCCGGGAGGCCCUGACCCACAUCAGGAGGAAGCAGGCGCUCCAGGACUCUGAACGGAAGGCUGCUGAGCAGGAGGCCGGCCUCAGGUUGGCCGAGCUGACUGAGAGACUGAAGCAGGAGGCACGGGAGUGGGAGGUGGCCUGCAGGGCCUUGCAGAAGAGCCAGGAGGCAGCUGGCCAGAGGGUGGACGUUGAGGUGGCCAGAAUGCAGGCACAGAUGACCAAGCUCGGCGAGGAGAUGAGCCUCCGCUUCCUCAAGAGGGAGGCCAAGCUGUGCGGCUUCCUGCAGAAGAGCUUCCUGGCCCUGGAGAAGAGGAUGAAGGCCUCAGACAGCGCACGGCUGCGGGCAGAGAGCAGCCUGCGGCAGGAGCUGGAGAGCAGGUGGCAGCAGCUCCACGAGCGGGACGAGGAGCGCAUGCAGGCCUUGCGGGGGCAUUGCCAGCAGGAAGAAUGCCACCUUCUGGAGCAGUGCCGGGGCCUGGACAAGGCUGUGGUCCAGCUGACCGAGUUCGUGCAGCAGAACCAGGCGUCACUGAACCGAGUCCUGCUGGCCGAGCAGAAGGCCUGGGCUGCCAAGGGACACCUGGAGAACAGCCGGGCUGGGGAGCUGGCCGCCUACCUGCAGGAGAACCUGGCGGCCACCCAGAUGGCCGGUGAGCUGGCCCAGCGAGAGAUACGCAGUGCCCUGGAGCUGCUCCAGGAGAAGAGCCAGGCUCUGGAGGUGUCCGUGACUGAGCUGGUCAGGCAGGUGAAGGACAUGAGUGACCACUUCCUGGCCCUGAGCUGGAGGCUGGACCUGCAGGAGCAGACACUGAGCCUCAAGCUGCAGGAGGCACACAGUGAGUGGGAAGCCGCAGAGCAGAGAUCGCGGGCAGACCUGGCGCAGUGGCGAGAGGAGGCCGAGGCGCACCUGCAGGAGGUGCAGGAGAAAGUGGACAGCCUGCCGCGGCAGAUAGAGGCCGUUUCCGACAAGUGUGUCCUUCACAAGAGCGACUCAGACCUCAAGAUCUCUGCUGAGGCCAAAGCCAGAGAGUUCGAGGUCGAGGCUGUGCGGCAGGAGCUGGCCGGUCUACUGUCCUCCGUGCAGCUGCUCAGAGGGGGCAACCCAGGGCGGAAGAUCGCCGAGAUCCAGGGCAAGCUGGCCACGUUUCAGAAUCAAAUGAUGAAAUUGGAAAAUAGCAUCCAGGACAACAAGACUAUCCAGAACCUCAAGUUUAAUACCGAAACCAAGCUGCGCACGGAGGAGGUGGCUGCCCUGCGGGAGAGCAUGAUGCGCCUAUGGAGCAAGGGUGGCCCCUGGGCCCUGACGCUGGGCAGCAGGCGGGUGCUCAUGUCCCUGGUGAGGCAGCAGUUCUUCAUCAAGGACGUGGCCCCCAGCGAGGGGCUGCCCCUGAACCGCUGGGGCGUGUACCAGGCUGUGAGGUGGCUGCGGUGGAAGGCGAUGCUCAUGAACCUGGCGGCCCGGCGGAGGCCAAAGGCGGUCGGGGAGAAGCCCACUGGCCGGAAGCCCACCCAGCCACUCUCCUCCCUGGCCCCCUCCUGGAAAUAAACAGCCGCCCCGUG